AUGGAAACUAGAUCAUCGACCGCUACGUCUGAGAUAAACAAACAGCUCGACGAAAUCCGUUCAUCCCAAUCGCAGCAGUCAGAAGAAAUAAGGAAAGAGUUGGGAGGAGAAAUUGCAGAACUUAAAGCAAUGAUUUCGCAAAUCCUCAAGGCUACAAGCAUCGAUCAAACUCAAUCCUCUACGCCAAAACCAACAGACCCAACCUCAUCGGACCACAGCACCAUCAAAACAGCCGCACCACCCGCCGCGGAAACCCACCCUCCUCUUCCCCACGCACUCUCUUCCCGCUUAACAAAAGUCGGUUUCCCGAUGUUCGACGGAACGGAGCUCAAAGAAUGGAUAUAUCGAUGUGAACAAUUUUUUUCCAUCGACAACACAUCACCAGAACUAAAAGUCCGUCUCGCCGCUCUUCAUCUCACCGGAAAAGCUCUACAGUGGCACCACGGAUAUAUCACAAAUCGUUAUAACAUAUAUCCUCUCUGGCCAGACUACAUUAGCGCUAUAUCAUCACGAUUUGGAGAGCUAUACUAUGAUCCUCUCGCCGAACUCGUCAGUCUAAAACAGAGCAGCGACACUAUUGACGAAUACCUAGAGAAGUUUGAUUCUUCAAUGACUCGUCUCACGCUCCCACCGGAACAUGCACUGAGCAUCUUCUUAACCAACAUGAACCAACAUCUUGCUUUCCAUGUUAGACAGUUCAACGUAACUACCGUUCCAGAAGCUGCCCGCAUAGCCAAAUUCCAUGAGCUCUCUCUCCAGCACGCUCCUGUAAAGUCAUCCCGACCUUCUUACAACUCGUACCAAAAGACAAAUUCAUCAUCUUCAUACAAAUCUCAACCUGCGACCACACCGGCAACACCGAACACAAAACCUCUGCUACAAAAUACAAAUCAGAAACGCCUUACCUUCGACGAGAUGCAGGAACGAAAGCGUAAAGGUUUAUGUAUGUUCUGCGAAGAACCCUUUACUCCAGGCCACCAGCUUAAACACAAGCGAGCUCAAAUCUUGUAUCUCGAAACCGAGAACGAAGACUCCGAAGAGGAAGAAGACAUACAAACACCAUCUGAUACAAACCUCGAAGAUACUAAUAACAAAACCCCCACCAUCUCUGUUCAUGCUCUCAACGGCUCACCAACUUACAAUUGCAUGAGAAUCAUGGGCCAAUACGGAAAAAGAAAGCUCCAUAUUCUCAUCGAUCCUGGAAGCACUCACAACUUCCUUGAUCUCCAAGUUGCUAAAACUCUUGGUUGCAACCUUAUAUCGAUCACACCGAUGCCCGUAGCCGCAGCAAGUGGCGACCUGAUCACCAACUACAAGUGCAGCGAUUUUGUAUGGAAGACACAAGGAUAUGAAUUCAAGUCUGAAGUCCGGACCUUACGACUCGGAUUUAGCGACCUUGUUCUUGGAGUUCAAUGGCUCUCAACUUUGGGACCCAUCUUAUGGGAUUUCUUAAAUCUUCGUAUGGAAUUCAAAUUCAACGGCUUAAAGCAUGUCCUCCGAGGUAUCACACCAAAUGACUCAAAAAUUAUCUCCAGCAACAGCUUGAACAAAUUAUUGUUACAAGAACCGCAGCUAGCACUUCUCCAUCUCCGUGAGAAUCGCGAAACAGAGUCACCACAAGGACUCAACCCUGAGGCGAUUUUAUACCACAUUGAAGCUAGUAAUACCGAACCAGACACAUCAGGCUGGUUACAACGUCUCAUAGAAUCUUACUCCGAUAUUUUUGACGACCCAACGGAGCUACCUCCCUUUCGUCAAGGAUUUAAUCAUAAAAUACCCCUGGAAUCCGGUGCUAAUCCAGUCAAUCUCAGGCCUUAUCGCUACUCGUCAAUACAAAAGGAUGCAAUCGAUAAAGUGAUCCAAGAAAUGCUUACGCAAGGGAUUAUACAGUACAGCUCCAGCCCAUAUGCUUCUCCAGUGGUUCUCGUAAAGAAGAAGGAUGGCUCUUGGCGGUUAUGUGUUGAUUACAGAGGCCUAAACAAACAGACCAUUAAAGAUAAAUAUCCAAUACCGCUACUAGAAGACCUCCUCGAUGAGCUUGGUGGCGCCAAAUACUUCUCCAAAUUAGACCUCCGAGCAGGUUUUCAUCAGUUAAGAAUGGCACCAGAAGACAUACAUAAGACGGCAUUUCGUACUCACUCAGGACACUAUGAAUACCUCGUGAUGCCGUUUGGUCUCACAAACGCUCCAUGCACGUUUCAAGGUCUCAUGAAUCACGUUUUUGAACCUGUCCUUCGGAAAUUCUUACUGGUAUUUUUUGACGACAUCUUAAUAUAUAGCAAAACAUGGGAAGAUCACUUGGUUCACUUGGACAUGAUCUUUGCAAUUCUUCGACACCAGCAACUCUAUCUCAAGAAAUCUAAAUGCACUUUUGGAGCAACAAAGAUAGAGUAUCUCGGCCACUUCAUCUCCUUCAACGGCGUCAGCACCGACCCAUAA